GUUCGACAGUCACUAAAUUUUAAAUGAAACCGGAGCCAAUUUUUAUUACCAUUCAAGGAGGUGUCAAUUAAUGAGAACAAAAUUUCUCUCUUCAAUAUAUUUUCUCUGGUCUAUUCGAGCCUUUUAUGUUGGAAAUUGACGACAACCAUGGCGUCACUAGAAACAAUCCACGUCCCAGUCCUGAUAGUUGGCGGCGGUAUUGUUGGUCUCAGCGCUUCUCUAUUUCUUUCACACCAAGGCGUAAACUCAUUACUGAUUGAGCGGCACUCAGGAACAUCGAUCCAUCCCCGAGCGCGUAGCGUCAAUGCACGAACAAUGGAAAUUUUCCGCACUAUAGGGCUGUCUGAUCUGGUCCGUGAGGCUGGAGCUUCGUUAGCGCCUACCUGGGGUAUUUAUUCCGGAACUUCUCUUAAAUCUGUCAUUGAGACAAAACCACGGAGAGAGAAUCGAAAGGGGGCGUCGCUGGUUCGAUCAGCAGAAAUCGGUCCGGAGGACGGUGUAUUCGUUACCCAGGAUAUGCUCGAGCCGGUGAUUCUGAAGGCGGCGAGGGAGAUAGGUGGAGAUGUGAGAUUUUACUCAGAAUGCACAGAUGUGGAACAAUAUGAGGAAUAUGUGACUGCUAGAAUUAGGAAUCGAGAGACAGGCAAUAGUAUAAAGGUGACUGCGGACUAUCUCAUAGCAGCAGACGGAGCCAACUCUCCAAUCCGCUCACAACUUGGUGUUACAACGACAGGCCGUGGCACGAUGGGCAAUUUACUCAAUAUUUUAUUUCAUGCAGACCUCAAGGACAUAGUUCUUAACCGUGAAUUCAGUCUCUGUUCGAUUGACUCUCCAGAGGUCGUCGGCAUUCUUACAUCAAUUAACAACAGCGACCGCUGGGUGUUUCAUCUAAAUUAUGACCCUUCCAAAGGCGAAAAACCAGCAGAUUACCCUCCUGAUAGAUGUAAGGAGCUACUAAGGAUUGCAUUGGGCCUACCAGAUAUCAAGAUCGAUAUAGUAUCAAUCUUACCGUGGCAGCCUGCUGUUCGAGUUGUCACCAAACUACAGCACGGCCGUAUCUUCUUUGCAGGGGAUGCGGCCCAUCAAAUGCCCCCAUAUGGCGGACAGGGAGCGAAUACUGGUAUCUCAGAUGCGUAUAAUUUAGCCUGGAAGCUAUCUUUCGUUCUAAAUGGCUAUGCCAAUUCCAGACUACUCCAGACCUUCGAUACAGAGAGGCUUCCAGUCGGUAAAACUGCAGCGGAAGCGUCUGCUGGACCUGCAGACGACCGCGGUCUAAUCUCCAUAAAACGAGAUUUAAGAACAAUCAUGGGAUGGACAAGAAUCAUCCCUCUAACCAGUGGUUACGGUUACGUUUACUCAAGCGACAGUCUAGCUGUGGUAAGAGAGGACAUAUGGCCAUUAGGUGGGAUGACAUGGAAGCCUUGGAACGCGCCUUCACUGUUCUUUUCAUUGGACGGCAGACCUGGGUCUCGCGCUCCUCAUGUUUGGGUUGAGAAAGAGGGAAAUAAAAUCUCAACAAUCGAUAUUUUUGGAAAAGGGUUUGUAUUGCUAGCUGGGAGUGAGGGAGACGCUUGGGUAGCGGCUCUCAAAACGAUUAACGAAAAAUUUCAUGGUCUAGGGUUUACAGGAUAUCGGGUGGGGCCUAAAGGCGAGAUCGUAGAUCAGGGAAAGAAGUGGGAAGCAGCAGCUGGAAUUUCUUCAACCGGGGCGUUGCUUGUGAGGCCCGAUGGUUAUGUAGCAUGGAGGCAGAGGCGAAUGCCAACAGAUGUUUAUGCCAUGCUGGAGGAUGUACUUGGAGAGAUUCUAUGUUUGUGA